UGUUGGCGGUACAUUUGUCAAAUUUGGUUGGUAAUAGUGCUACAUGCAUCGGGGAAGUCGCUUAAAACUGAAAGAAGUGUAAAGUGUGUCUCUUACAAUCAACUAGUGAGUGUUUUUAUUGUUUUUUUUCGUAAAAAUAUUGGCUUCAAGGAUUAAUAAUGGAUCUAACCUCAAUGUGGGCCAAAAAGCCCUCACAAGUCAACAUUUACCAAUACGAUGCCCAGUUGGCCAUGGCUUUUCAGUCUGAUUGUGAGAAUUUUUUACAAAAAUUCCAACAACACCAGAAUUUCAGCUUUACAACAUUUGCAAAUUUGUGGAAAGAUGAAUGUUUUCUGUCGAUUUUUAAGGACCAACAAUACAUUUUGAUGUUUCAAGCCUUCCUUGAGAACUGUUUUUUCAUAAUAAAAAAAUUCCUGUUCUCGUCUGACCCCUACAUCCAAGCUGGCGCUAUUUAUUUGUUAUAUGGUUUAUACUACAAGCAACCAGUCAAGGAUUGGGUGAAAAUUAGAUUAACACAGACCGAAUUUGACAAGUUAUGCGAAAUUUAUGAAAUUCACAGAGCUAACAAGUCACUAGAUGUGGUUUUUAUCUAUAAUAAAAUGCGAAUAGAUGAAGUUUUCCAAUAUUGUGCCCUUGUCCAACCUUUGGGACUCGAACCUCGGUUUAUGCGACGUUACGACCUGUCAAAUGGUGACAUAAAUGUCAAAACACCGUAUGACAAUUGUUUGAAAAAAUUCAAAAAUCUAGUCGAAGAAGAUGAGGAUUUUGCUGAGUUUCAGAAAACAAAUGACGAAUACCAAAAAUUGGCCCAGAAAUAUAUGGAAAAGUGCGGAAAAUUGUUCAUUUUUCCUAGCAAUGAAUUGAAUCAAAUCUAUGAUGAGCUGUGUAAUAAUGACUUGAGUCAAAGUGGAGGGGAUGAGGAUAGACUUAAGGAGGUUAAACACCGGGCGAUGAACACCACAAACGCCACCUAUCGAGGGGAUCGGAAAGUUCUGACAGCUCAGGAUUUGGACACGCCUUCUACAUCAAAGAAAAUAUAUUGAAACAUCACAAUACUGAACUAUAAUAAAAUAUUUUUAAAUAUUUAACAUACAACUAAAUAUUUAUAUCUUGU